AUGUAUGAUUUGCAGGAUUCUUUCAAAGAUUUUGGUGGCUAUGGUGAAGAUUAUAGUAUAUUGUUUGCUACAGAUGAGGGAUUUUCGGAAAAGGAUGAUGUUGUUGCUUGGGUGAAAGGCAUGGGCAUGGCAAAUGGUAUGAUAAUAAACGUAGUUUCUAGCAAGAGGAAGAAUGCUGUUCUGAUGAGAUGCUAUAAAGGGGGAAAGGUGUCAGUUGAUGAUGGUGAAUACUAUGUCACAUCAAAUUCGAAGACACAAAUCACUAGGUGUAAAUUUAAGUUAUAUGUGCACUUAGUUGAUGGGAAGUGGCGCAUUCGAGUGUAUCCUGAUGAGUUUGGAAUGCAUAACCACGAGCUGUUUGACGAAGAUCAUCCCACGAGGGGCCUUAGCGAUGGAGUGAAACAACUUAUGCAGGGUAUGUCCAAAGAUGGGAGCAGACUAUGUCAGAUCAUGACUGCGAUUGAGAGGAUAUUUCCUAAUAAACAAGUUAACAGACGGUACAAACUGGAGUACUCGAGACAGAAAAUUGGCACCCAUUAUUGCAGUUUUCCACUGAAUCGCUUGAAGUGUCAAGUUUCACAUACAUAUUUGCAAAAACUGUACACUGAGUGGUCGAAGGCGCAAGAGUGGAAAGAAGAAACGAAUGACAGAUGUGAUCAUGUGGUGUACUGGACUUGUCGAAUUCCAUGUGUGUGCGCCCUCAAAAAGGCUGCAGAUGCCGGCACAUCGAUAACUCUGAAGCAUAUUCACCCAUUCUGGGUGACCGUUAAUAUCGGUGAACAGGCUGGUACGAGUGCUCCUAGCGAUGUGGAUGACGAUGUCCUUUAUACCAGACAGUUGAUGGAAGAGCUGAACGAGUGUCCUAAGGCAGUACGACGCACGGUAAAUAGGGCUCUCCACGAUAUUAUGCAUCCAGACCAGUGUGGGUUCAAACAACCCAAGGAGGUCAAGAGAAGGAAGGAGCGGUCUAAGGGGGCUAAAUCAAAGAAAAAAGUUACCAGCGACACUCUUGCCCAUGAACAAUCCCCAUAG